AUGCAGCUUCCAUCACGAUUACUAAAAAUUCACGGCUCCUCAUACCAGGUCGUUGUCGAUGACGUGUCCUGUAUAGUCGAGGUCCUCGACACUGCCGGACAAGACGAGUACGUAUCCCUCCGAGACCAAUGGAUUCGAGACGGUGAAGGCUUCCUUCUCGUGUACUCGACAACCCUCAAAUCAUCCUUUGAAGCGGUCGAAAAGUUUCGAGAUCAAGUUGUAAGAGUCAAAGACAAUGAAAAAACGCCAGUAAUACUGGUGGGAAACAAGAAUGAUUUGCCAUCAGAAAGGCAGGUCACGAGAGAGGAAGGGCUGGCACUUGCAAAGAGAUUGAAGUGUGAAUUUAUUGAAACUUCUGCGAAAACUGGAGUCAACGUGGAAAAAGCCUUCUUCCAGCUCAUUCGAAUGGUACGAGUACAACGCUUUGGUACAGUACCAAAUAACAGGCAAUCAGCGCCCAGAAACUCUCGCAAUACUCUAAAUCGAAAAAAGUCGUGUAACAUCCUCUGA